CUUGACGCUGAUUGUGCUAAAUGAUUGGAGGCAAGAGACAAAACGUUUUGUCGACGCACAAGAGCAGAGGCAAGAGAACAUACUACCAUUGCCAUUGCUUUUUCUUUCACUCCUCAUCCUGUGAUUUUGGCAUUAUUUUAGCAUUUAUUUUUGGCCGUGGUUCGUGACCCGUGACAUCUUCUCGUGCAAGGUGCAAGAGGACAGAAUCACCAUGGGCUACGAAUGGCUGCUGGCCACUGGGCUGCCUCAUAUAGGAGGAAUCGCUGGGGCGUUGAUAACGUCCAAAAAUGUUCCCACCUGGUACAAGGGUCUAAAGAAGCCCUCCUUCAAUCCGCCCAACUGGGUGUUUGGUCCGACCUGGACUGCCCUGUACACUGGCAUGGGAUAUGCAUCCUACCUGGUGUGGAAGGACGGAGGUGGCUUUGAGGGAGAUGCCAAGCUGCCGCUGACCCUUUACGCAACACAGCUAGCUCUCAACUGGGCAUGGACUCCGAUAUUCUUUGGGGCUCAUCGACCCGGGCUGGCGUUCCUGGAGAUCAUGGCCAUGCUACCGUGUGUGGGCGCGUGCGUGGUCACCUUCAAGCCCAUCAACUCGACGGCCUCCUACCUGAUGAUGCCCUACCUGUGCUGGACCGGGUUCGCCGCCGUCCUCAACUACUUCAUCUGGAAGCUGAACAAGGACAAGAAGGCUGAGUAGACGUGCACGCCGCACAGAGUGCGGGCGCUUCCACCAAGUGGUUCGUAAAAUAAGAAGCUAUUUUUUUUUAUCAAGAAGUCGUAAUAGAGUGCCUCAAAUAAUUAAAUCCGACUACACCUAUACGGUAACGGUACAUUAUAGCAGCUGGUACUACUAGUACAGAAAAAUGUGUCAAAUUAAUUAGCAGGUGAUACCCAUGCGUUUGCUUCGUAAGUUGCUUUUGAGUUCUAAUCCCGCAGAGGAUUUUAAACAUCGUCUUGUGCAUAUAAACAUGAUGCUGCCCUGCAUGCCCAUCAUAUUGUUCGUAUAAUUUGUACAAAGCUGUUGGGUGUUCCAUGGUGAUUUUAUUAUAAGGUUGUGGAAUCUUGGAUGCUAACCUUCAAGCUAUAGAUUUGCUGACGCUGUGACCGUCUUCGCCGAAGGAGUGCUGCAAAAAAUGGCACCGCUGAUUGACGCUUUUAGUUUUGAGAGCGCUGUAGCUGUCUCUAUGGUCAGUAACUUUGAAUAUGGGCAAGGGUACUUUUCUGCCAGUUAUCUAGCGCUUCUCGUUUUUUUUUUUGUUUUUUUUUUGUCUAGAAUAGCGCUAUCUUCCAACGAUAUAUGUUAUCCAAACUUGCCCGUAAUUCACUGGGGUUUUGGAAAACCAGGAGAAAUGCGGCACUGUUGGGUUCAACGUAAGAUGUUGCAUGAUGUCAUUGUGAUCUAACCGAUUCUGACAUUUGCAAGUCAUAUGGUACAAUGCAUCUACUGUGAUUGCCUGCUUUAUUAGCAUUGAAAUAUAAUUGCGCUUUGUGCUAAU